UGUUUGCGAGUUGUGAGGAGGCUCUGACACCUGUCUGGGAUGCCCAGAGAAUGGACUACAUGGAUGAUAAGAGUCAGUCUGUAAGACAUGCAGAUGAACGCUUAUGGACAGGGUGUGUGGUGCUGUUCCUGCGCUGUUGUGAUCCUUCAGCUGACCUGCUUGCCCUCUACAAAGACCAAAGAGGGAAAUUCAGUGUGUUUAAAGUCAUCAAACUCACUCUUACAGAUGCUGUGGGCGGGUUGGAGGGUUAUGAGAUCCUAAAGCUGCAUGAUGCUGACCCUUUCCUGGGGGUGGAGCUGAAGUUCAUGGCAACAGGUCCCUGUAGACAGUUCCUGGAGAGUUAUGCAUGUGGCUCACUCCGUCAGUCUUUAACCCAGCAUGCAUCGCGCCUACUCAUUCUCCCAGAAGAUGUUACCUUGGAAACCCAGCUAAAGGCAGGAACACAAAUUCUGGACCAGUGCCUGCAAGAUACAGAGCUCUGUCUAGGGCAUAUACACCAAUCACAGCCAGUGCGUUUGCGAGAUGAUGAGAUCACUCAGCUUGAGCAACAGCUUCACAGCAGCUAUGCCCCUUCCAGCUGUCCACCACAGGAAGUACCAAGGAAUUGUUUCCUGUUUCAGAAAAGGCCAUUUGAUGAUAGGCCACUGACCCCUGCCGACCAACAACGAUUCGCUGCUCACGUGGGACGGGACUGGAAGCGAGUGGGGCGGGCCUUACAGAAGAACUGCCGCGCCUUAAAAGGGCCAGCAAUAGACAAUCUGGCCUAUGAGUACGAGAGGGAGGGGCUUUACGAACAGGCCUAUCAACUGAUGGGACGCUUUAUCCAAGCAGAGGGGCGGAGCGCUAAACUGAGCCGACUGAUCAGCGCACUGGAAGAGAGCAAACUCACCCACUUAGCCGAAAUCAUGCUAGGCAUCCAGCCAAAAGAGUGAGCAACUGUGUUUGCAUGUACAUGUGCCAAAAGUCAGAUCUGUUCAAUUUUACAAAUGUAACGCAUCUUUCAUAUUCGCUUAUUUUCACACGGCUUUAUUAAGUGUUUAGUACUCUUCCUCCCUCCCUCCGUCCCUCUCUCUCUCUCUCUCUCUCUCUGUCUAUCUCUCUGUCCAUUGAAGUGAAUUUCAUAAAGGACACUGUUGUAGUGGUGUAUUUCGCACUCAGAAUAAACAUUUGAAUACAUAGUAUUUUUU